UGACUUCCAGUGGACGUUAGUGGAAAAGCGUUUCUUUUAACACUCGUAAGUGUCGUAAAGACCGUUUGAGAUAUUAUCACAAACAGAAAUAUCCAUCGAGAAGAGUCUGUUGAUAGGCUGCAGGCGUGGAGAGUCCGAGGAGAUGCCUGAAAAUAUGUGUGAAGAAAUGUAAGUUUCAUGCCAAUUUUUGUUUGUGUGGAAGCAACAGAAGAAUCACCCAUCAUGGCCAAUGAGACUACAGCACAAGCCUCAUAUAUUCAGGAAAAUCCAGAGGCUGAUGAAAAUAUUUGCCCCGGAGUCACUUCUGCAGCUGGAGCUUCGAAGCUCAAAGUCCAGGUGGAAGAUGUGACCGGAUGUUCCUCUACACAACCACAUGAGGAAAAGAAGACUCUGUCUGACAGCUUCACCUUUGCAACCCCAGCUCCAACAAGCAGCAAUGGUGGAGGCAAGGCAAAGUCACGCCUCUCUACUCUCCAGUCUGCUCUAACGCCAGUUUUAAAAUGCUUAAAUAUUGGCAACAAAUGUCCUCCUCGGCGAUCAGCUGGUGGUUCGGAGACUCCUGUGUACUGGCUGGCUGAUGAAUACUUGCCAGAAAUGACAUUACUUGAUGAUACAUGUGAUUCCACAAUGCAUCUGACUAGGAAUGACUCAGCUCUUCCUGACAGUGCACCUGCGACACCUGUAACAGCCAGGCUUCCCACUCUCCAACCUCCCCGGUUUGGUUUCUCCACCAACUUAAAGUUAAAUUCUGAAAACAAUAAUUCUGAAGUCCAGCCUCCCAAACUGUCGAAGCACAUUAUGACAACAGCAGGUACAGAGAAUAAUGCCAAGACUGCUGACCCCUCUGAGAGCAAGUGUGCUCCUGAAUCCUUGCUGUUUGACAAGUACUUUCCAGAAAUUACUCUCCUCGAUGUUACACAUGAUUCAGAGCUCGGAGAGCAAAUAUCUCCCAUGGAUGUAAAACAGGAUAUUCCAGAGCUCAGUGGACAUAUUGUGGCAGAGCCGAGUGGAUCGGACACAAUUCAAAGCGAAGACAGGAGUGUGGGGGAAAAUAUGGUUAAAUCUACCUUGGAAACGACUCAGGAUGUUACAAUGGGCAGUGUUUUGGAAAACAACAGGUCUUCAUCAGAGCUCAGUGGACAAAGCAUGGUGAAGCUUCAAACAUCAGCUGAGGACACGCUUGGUUCCCAACCUGCUAAUAUUACUCGUGACAUAAGCUCCACCAGUGGGAUGUCUGCUCCGUGUCCACAGGUCUCUACUUCUGAUAUAGAAUGUAACAUUAGUUCAAAGACUGUCACCUCAGAGCUUCAUGUUGAACCGGUGGAGUCUUCUGAUACUGUGGAAGCAAACAAUGAAGAUCUACAUUCCAGCCAUGACACCAAGUUGACCAGCAAAGUGGUGCAACUCAACUCCACAACAGAUGUCUCUGUGAACGGCACAUUUGACGUGCAGCCCUCCGAUCUGAGCGCUUCCACCAGUUUAAACACGACUACUCCAAUGUCCUGCCCUCAAAACAACACAAUUGAUCUUCCUCCAUCUAACGCAUGCAGUCCUAAGGUGGGGAUUGAAACUACAGAUCAGACAACCUCGGUCACCACUGAAACGUCCCUCGUUACAGAUCAGAAUGGUUCAGCUGUAAAGCAAAGUGGUCCGUGUGAUGAGCAGAACACCACAUUUGAUAGGCAUUCUCUUCAGAAGUCGAGUGGCAGUACUAUCAUAGUGGAAGCUGCUGCUGCUACAACCUUUCACGCCCAGAACAACACUUUUGAUUGUAAACCUCCUUCUAAGCAGAAUGGUACAAUAACUUUGUCAGAAACAAGCUCCAGUGAUAGUCACCAGAGCACUAUGGAGAAACCGCCCUCUCCUAAAGUCUGUAAUCUAACCACUAGCCUUAAAGACAGCAAUUCUGAAGUCCACCCCAAUGAAGCGUCACAAGAUAACGGGACAGCAGCUCCUACAGAUGAGAAUGGCGAGAUGGCUGGAAGCCCUGAAACUACAUGCGAAGCUAAUGCUGUUGUUGAGGAUGCACCUGGAGCUGGUAGAUGUGAACCUAAGGCUCAUUCCCCAUCAAAUCUGCCUGUGACAGAGGGUCUUUCUGACACUUUAAACCAACGAAGCACGGAUUCUGAGAACAACAACAACACAAACACAUUCAAUUUGGAUGACACGUUAGAUUUGAGGGCAGACUGCUUGGUGACAUCAACACCAAUGACUAAAAACUUUAACUUUGCCACUUUGCCAGAGGAAAGCAAAACCAUAGGCGCACAGAAAAAACUGUACGGAGACGGUCCCAGUCAACCAGCUGAUCAGGCGCUGUCGGAUAUUCCACCAAACCUCGUAUGUGACCGUAAAACGUUUUUCAGACCGCCCAUUGUGAAAACCCUUUGCCCUCCUUCGAAAGCUACAUCCCAGUUGUUGAGGCCCAAACCAGGAUCCGCGCUUCCCGGACAUGUGGAACCACGGAUGUCCUGCCUGCCCAUGAAAAGACAAAGAACCCAAGUGGACACUUUAAAAAAUGCUGCUGCUUCUGAUGCACCACAAGGGACCACAGGAAUAUCGAGCUCCUACAACUUACGUCCUCUAACAACAGGAUCCAAGCUGCCCAGUUCUGGCUUGCGGAGACCACAGCUGAGCAGCAUACCAUCGGGCAUCCAGAGAGCCACACCGGGUCUGAGGCCACCGUCAGCAAAAAGCAAUACACAAGCUUCUUCCAGCACCGACAAACUCUGUGGACCUACAGCUGCUAACCCUGUGACUAAGACUUUGCAAGCAAAGAAACACCCUUUAACCAGAGGCGAAGCUUUGCCGCUGUCAAAGAGGAAGAAAAUGGAUGUGCCAUCCAGUGGUGCUGAAGCCUCAACAUCUGCCUGUAAUAUAAAUAAAGCCAAAACCCUGAAACAGCCUGCAGCCAGUCAGAGAGCUAAAACCCAGAGAGAUGAUGCAGCUGUAUCAACAAGUACUGCUGAAGCCCCAGUAUCUUGUGAUGCUACAAGCAAAGCCAGAAGCCUGAAGCCGCCUGCAGCCAGUCAGAGAGCUGUACCUGCUAAAACACAGAGAGAUGAUGCUGUAGUGCCUGCAAGUUCUGCUGCAGCCUCAACCGCCUGUGAUGCUGCGAGCAGAGCGAGAGUCCAAAAACCGCCUGUAAGCAGCCAUAGAGCUCUGCUCGCUAAACCCCAGGGCCAUGCUUGUGCCAAAUGUGGUGAACUGGAAGAGCAACUCAAAGAGAAAUCAGAGGAAAUAAGGAGACUAAAAGAAGAGCUGCAGAAGUACAGUAAACAAGAGGAGGAAUGCUGAUUGUUCCAACAGAACAUCUUCAGUGUGGCUUUAACAAGAAAAUCAUGGUUGGAGAAGUUUUUUGUUGUUGUUGUUUUUUUAACCCUCAAUUAUAAAUCGAACAACAGAUGUAUUUUAACCCUACAGAAUAUUAAAAUAAUGUUAUGGAGCCUCAUUACAAACAAAUCUCCAUCAUCUUCUUUUAAUACCCUACAGAAUAAUACAGAUGAUUAUGGAGAUUUGUUUGUAAUGAGGCUAAAACUGUACAUUUUCUCUUGUAUUGUGUGUAGACUGAACACCCUAAAUUGUUCUGUAUUUAUGUAUAACAUUGAACUGUUGAUGUUUAUAUCCUGUAUUAUGGAGUGGAGGGCUGCCAGUGUUAUACUCUGAGAUACUUGGAAGUUUCUUCAGGGUAUACAUGAACCUGUGAUAUUAUAAAUAAAUGUGUUGUGAAAUACA